AAUCAAACGAUUUACAAGACUUUUAUAGAUAUAAGUUCUAGUUCAUGGCCAAAUUUGACAUUGCGGUGUGAACUUUGAAUGCACGACGAACUGUCACAAUCGGCGCGACCGAGACAAGCCACAAGUGUCAGUUGGCCACCGGUUGGCAAUUUAUUUGAACGUGUGUUAGUGUUUCCUGCUGGCGCGCAAGCAAUUUGCAUGGAAUCGCAUUUAUUCAAUUAAACAUUAUCUUGUUACACGCACUGGACUGUGAAUGGGGGAUGGGUCCACGUACAUAUACAUCGUGCCUUUAACCGCUUAUUGACUAAGAAAUCAAAGUGUCGACGUCCUUUUUCACAUUGUUUUGAGUUACGAACUUUGUUUUUUUUUUCGUGUUAGAGGUGCAAAACCCGUUAACAUGAAGGAACAUCCGAAUAAAGAAGAAACAUCUGACGAUGAAGCAGGUCUUGGAUACCAGAAUACAUUGAUGUAUGGUCGCUACCAACGCGACCUCAGCGAAGCGGCCAGAGAGGAAGCGAGAAGACUAAGAAGAUUAAGAAAAAGAAGAAGAAAAGAUGACAAGUUGCGGCAGAAGGAACUGGAAGCAACAGGAAAGCACAGGCCCAGAGGAAAGGUGUUUAAAGUAGUAGGUUAUGUAUGGAGGCAUACAUUCGCAAGGCUUGGCGAGGAUUGGGUGUUCCUGGCAUUGCUGGGCAUCAUCAUGGCGGUCCUCAGCUUCGCCAUGGACAGAGGCAUCGCGGUCUGCAAUAAUGCCCGUAUGUGGAUGUACAGUGAAUUAGCGACGUCUACGUUCAGUCAGUACGUAGCGUGGGUAUCUUUGCCAGUCUGUUUGAUCCUCUUCGCGUCGGGCUUCGUGCAUAUCGUCGCAGCGCAAAGCAUCGGUUCCGGUAUCCCAGAGAUGAAGACCAUCCUCCGAGGAGUUCACCUGAAGGAGUAUCUGACAUUCAGAGCUCUCAUCUCCAAGGUCAUCGGUCUCACAGCCACCCUUGGAUCCGGUCUACCGCUGGGUAAAGAGGGUCCAUCAGUACACAUCGCAUCAAUGGUGGCAACACUAUUAUCAAAGCUUGUGACAAAAUUUCAAGGCAUAUACAGCAAUGAGUCUCGUACUUCUGAUAUGUUGGCGGCAGCGUGCGCCGUCGGAGUGGCUUCUUGCUUCGCAGCACCAGUUGGAGGUGUACUCUUCUCUAUAGAAGUAACGACAACUUAUUUUGCGGUUCGGAAUUAUUGGCGUGGAUUCUUCGCCGCUUGCUGUAGUGCUAUUAUGUUCCGUCUACUGUCGGUGUGGUCAGGUGCACUGCCGACAGUAAAGCCGCUGUUCCCCACCAACCUUCCCCAGGACUUCCCCUUCGACCCUCAGGAGUUUGCCGUCUUCGUACUGCUUGGCAUAGUUUGCGGUCUGCUGUCAGCGCUGUGGGUCUUCCUCCACCGGCAGUACGUACUCUUCAUGAGGAACACAAAGACCCUCAGCAACUUCUUGCAGAAGAACCGCUUCAUCUACCCUGGCGUGAUGACUUUGGCUGUGAUGUCUGUUCUGUUCCCGCCCGGCAUCGGCAGGUUCAUGGCCGCGGACCUCGGCAACCAGGAGCAGGUGCUAUCCCUGAUGGCCAACUUCACAUGGGCAGACGAGCUGACAGCGGAGCAGGCGGCGGUGGUGUCUCACUGGGAGACACCUGAAGUUGACCUCUUCGGAUGUCUCUGUAUCUACUUUGUUUCUAUUUUCUUCUUAAGUAUGGUGUCGUGCACUUUACCCGUCCCGGCGGGUAUAUUCGUGCCCGCCUUCAAGAUGGGUGCGGCAUUGGGCAGACUGACGGGCGAAAUAAUGCACUACUUCUGUCCCUUGGGUGUUGCAUACGGAGGACAUAUACAGAAGAUAUUACCCGGUGGUUAUGCGACUGUUGGUGCAGCAGCAUUCACCGGAGCUGUCACACACACCGUCUCCACCAUUGUCAUUGUCAGCGAGAUGACAGGACAGGUGACGCACAUCUUACCAAUGAUGGCGGCUGUGUUAGCUGCUAACGCGACAGCAUCACUGUUGCAGCCAUCUUGCUUUGACAGUAUCAUACUUAUCAAGAAAUUACCUUAUCUACCUGAUCUACUGUCUUCUGCCAGCCGUAUGUAUGACAUCUGUGUGGAAGACUUCAUGGUGAGAGAUGUCAAGUACAUCUGGAACCGCAUGACAUUCCAGCAGCUCAAGGAUAUCCUCAAAGAGAACAAGACAAUCAAGAGUUUCCCCCUCGUGGAUAGUCCCACAUCCAUGGUGCUGCUGGGAUCCAUCCACCGCUGGGAGCUGGUGAAGGUGAUAGAGAAGGCGGUGGGACGAGAGCGUCGUCUGCAGGUUGCUGCGCUGUGGCACAGAGAGGCAGAACUCAGGAGGAGGCAUGAGGAAGCCAAGAAGGUCAGGCGACCCUCCAGGUUUGAGGUGACGCCGGCACCAGACAUGCUGCAGGUGCCGGGCACCGGGAUGACGCGAGGCACCUCCCUCACCACUAAUGACCAGGGCGGAUUGAUACCCGCUCCAGGUCAGCUGUUCCGACCGAAGUCAAUCCUGAAGAAGACGAACUCGUUCACAUUGAGCCGUGGCCUCGUUGGUGGUGGCAACGCACCCCUCACACCACAACCCUCAGUCUACACCACUGUCACUGGCGCUGAGACCAGAAUCCGUGCAGCAUUCGAGGCUAUCUUCAAGAGAUCCACAUUGCUGCAGGAUGUGGAGGGCGGGCUGCCAGACCAGCUCAGCCCCUCUCUACCUCGCAGCCCCUCCAUCAACAAGAAAGUGCAACUGCCUCGAGAGCGUGUGUGCGACAUGUCUCCAGAAGACCAGAAGGCGUGGGAACGACUGGAGAUGGCAAAAGAGAUUGACUUUGACCGCAUGCUGCAGAUCGCCAGAAAGAGAGACAUGCAUCCAGACGACCCAGAGUACGAAGAUGAGCAGCUGUAUAUCUGCCACAUUGACCCUGCGCCAUUCCAGCUCGUAGAGAGGACUUCAUUGCUUAAGGUCCACUCGUUAUUUUCAACCCUGGGGGUGAGUCGCGCUUACGUCACAGCUAUAGGACGGCUCAUAGGUGUCGUCUCAUUGAAAGAGUUACGCAAAGCUAUCGAGGACGUGAACUCCGGCGCGCUGACAGUGAGCAGCAGACCUUCUCCUCCCAGCACUCCACCUCCUCCUCUCAUCAAGGUGCACAGCUCUGAGCCAGCACCACCCAGCGACAGCGAGACUGCCAAACUCACCACCAACUGACCUCAUCCACCACCACCAGACAAUGAUUUAUACAAAAAAAAACAUCGGAUAGUUUAGUAUCCGACUCAUAUUUGGUGCUUUACUAUAUUUUAGUCACAAAUAUUUUAUAUGUGAUCCGUUUUUGUAAUAUAUUUAUUUAUAU